GAGUUAACCAAUGAGCUGGGUACAUUAAAUGAACCUCUCAAAAAACAGAUAGAUGUGUUGUCUGAAAAAAAUGAGACCAUCCAAAUCGAAUUAGAUGAGAAAGCGAGGUUAUAUGAGCAGGCUCAAGACCGGUUAGAUGAAUGUCGAGAUGAAUGCUAUCAAAUAAGAGAAUCUUUGGAAGGCGCGCAUGAAGAUGUUACAGAAGGUGAGUUUGCAUACGAUGAAUUAAAGCAGAAAUUGCGUAUCUUAGGAUUAACUCAUAUUGCAUGGCGAGCUCGCAAUUUAAGGCAGGCUCAAAUUUUAAAUGUGGAAUUUAAUACAGCAAGAAUCACUUGGAAAAAUCAAAGAGAUAGAAAUCGGCAUAUUGCUCAAGAAUUGCAAAAUUGUCAGAAGCAUAGCAGAAAUUUACAAAAUGAUAAG